GGAUCCAAAAGCCUUGGUUGUCACAGCUGGAAACAGCCUGUCACCAACGGAGAGUCUCUCUCUUCCCUUCUUCUCUCUCUCUAAUCUUUUUUUUUUCUUCCUUCUUCUCUAUCUCUCCUUUUCCUUCUUCUUCUUCCUUCUCCUUUCUCUGUUUAUUUGCUUCUUCUCUUUCUCCGAUUCUUAUCAAUCUCCUCCGCUCAGAUCUUCCCCGUUUCAACUCUUUGGAUCCAGAUUCUCCUCCUUUUUAUGUAGGUAACACGCAUAUCAAGUGUUAAAGAGUCAAGAUCACAAAAAGUUCUAUCGGGUGAUCUGGGCUGCUUUGUUUUGUAAUCUAAUUGCAGAAACUUGCUCUGACUUGGUGGAGUUUGAUAGCUUGCGUAAAAGGUUCAAUCUUUCUCCGUUUUUUCAUCGAUGAGUAGGUACUAAUCUGGAAAUUUGUUGGGAGAGAAAAGGAAGAUUUUACUGCUAUUGCUAGAGAACUUUUCUGCAUCCAUGCUGGUAGAGAGCAUGCGUGGAUACUGUGUUUUGGGUGAUGCCCCUGACAAAAUUAGUUCCCGAUGCAUUCGGCGUUGUGACGAUAUGUCUAGUCGCUCUGCUAGUUCUUUUGGGUCUCCUUUGCAUCGCUUACUCGUUCUAUUUCCAGUCUCACGUUCGUAAGCAAGGGUAUAUUCAACUUGGUUACUUCAGUGGUCCUUGGAUUAUCCGAAUUACAUUCAUUCUGUUUGCUAUCUGGUGGGCUGUUGGUGAGAUUUUUCGAUUGAGUUUGUUGAGGCGUCACAGAAGGUUAUUGAGUGGGUUGGAUCUGAGAUGGCAAGAAAACGUUUGCAAGUGGUACAUCGUUUCCAAUCUAGGAUUUGCGGAGCCUUGCCUCUUUCUGACUCUCAUGUUUCUUUUGCGUGCUCCCUUGAAGAUGGAAUCAGGGGCUUUGAGCGGAAAAUGGAACAGGAACACAGCAGGUUAUAUUAUUCUUUAUUGUCUCCCGAUGCUUGCUCUUCAACUUGCGGUUGUGUUAUCCGAGUCACACCUAAAUGGUGGUAGUGGCUCUUAUGUAAAGCUGCCACACGACUUCACAAGAACGUAUUCCCGAGUUAAUAUUGAUCACGAUGAGGUCGCCUUAUGCACAUAUCCUCUACUGAGUACAAUCCUUCUUGGUGUGUUUGCAGCCAUCCUAACAGCUUACUUGUUCUGGCUUGGAAGGCAGAUACUGAAACUUGUCAUUAACAAGCGUUUACAGAAGAGAGUAUACACUUUGAUAUUCUCCGUCUCGAGUUUCCUUCCAUUAAGGAUUGUUAUGCUCUGUUUGUCGGUUCUCACAGCAGCAGACAAGAUUAUAUUCGAAGCCCUUUCUUUCUUGGCCUUCCUCUCCCUCUUCUGCUUUUGCGUGGUAUCCAUCUGCUUGCUUGUCUACUUCCCGGUUUCAGAUUCCAUGGCCCUGAGAGGUCUAAGGGACUCAGACGAAGAGGAUACGGCUGUGACCGAAGAACGCAGUGGUGCUCUGUUACUUGCACCAAACACUUCACUAACUGAUGAGGGCUUGAGCUUAAGAGGUCGGAGAGACUCGGGAUCGUCUACACAGGAGAGGUAUGUGGAACUCAGCCUAUUUCUGGAAGCUGAGAACUAAAAUCGCCAAAGGCUCUUUCUAUUUGGCUUUUGGUAAUGUACAGAUUCCUGGUGACACAAGCAGAGAGAAAGAGAGGGCUACUAAAGAGUUUAAGUAAGAGAAUAUGUUUGCGCAAAAAAAGGCAUAAUUUCAGUUUUGUGGCAAAGACACUUUGACUGUAAAGGAGGGUUUAAGGGGGGUUUACUCUUGUGAGGGUUUGUUGUUUGAAAUGUUUUCUGCUUGAUGGAUCAUAUUUUUGUACCUUUAUUAUGUGAUCAAUUUUGAUUUAGAAAAAAAAAAAAA